AUGUCUUUUAAUGCGGAAAUUCUCAAGUCCAAACUGACGGGGUUGAAUGAGACUCAGGAGUCGGUGACGUCGCUGUCGCAAUGGAUCAUGUUCCACAAACGGCAUGCCGCAACGUCUGCAGAGGUGUGGGCGGAGUACGUCACUGAGGCGCCCGUCAAGUCGAAACUGGCCCUCGUGUACCUGGCAAACGACGUUGUUCAGCAGGCGAAAUCACGCAAAAAGGACGAAUUUGUGCAGGCGUUUGCUACCGUUAUACCCGAGGCUCUCGAACAUGUCUACGGUGAAGUCGACAAGCCCGUCAAAGAUCGCAUCAACCGAGUGGUUAAAGUGUGGGCUGAGCGGUCGGUUCUACCGCAAAAUGUCCAGCAAGAUAUCGAGGGCCGGCUAGGCAGCGAAUCUGCCCUGGCGACUGUUUUGCCUGAACUGAUGCCGGUGACCAAGUCCACUACGCAAUACUUCAAGGCCCGCCAAGCGGCUGAAAAGGCUUCUGAGAAGGUCAAGAGUGAAAUCAACCAGUUUGUGAGCAACUCCCAGAGCUCUGCUAUCCAGGCACUGCAAACGGUGUCGCAAUUAGAGCGCACACUCGAGCAAUCGCAAAGCACAAUCGACAAAUGCAACGAGCUCAAGACGGCGGCAGUCCAGGCUCUUCAAGAUCUUAUCAACACACUUGAAUCGCAGGAAAUCGUGACAUUGGAGUCCUCCAGCCGGGACCUGGAACUCAAAAAGGCCGAGCUGCUCUCCCAAAUUGACGGUGACGACGAGCUCCCCUCGCCGAACGUCGAGCCCACAACGCCGCCGCCGGCCGCAGAGCCUGUUGAAGAGUAUGUUCCCAGCGUCUACACAGCCAAAGAUGCCCAAGCAAGCUACGCGGCUACUAAUGAUGACGACGAGGAAAUCGCCUACGCAGAAAGCAGCGAGGACGAAGAGCCCGAAGCAAAAAAGCCCAAGCUCAACUUGGACCCCAAAUUGGCUUCGUUUUUGGCCAGUAUGGCUGGUAAAUAG